AUGGAGGAUAUGGUCGACUUUAAAAUAGACACCACCACCAUCAUCAUCAUCAACAACAUCAUCAUCAUCAUCGGCGGCCGCCGCUUCGCCCAAAAGCCCCAUGUGCAAGUUCUCGUCCUCGAAGGCUGGCUGGCCAUGGAAAUAGCUUCGCUUUCAUCGCCGACGCAAAAGGGAACGGCCGUCAUCCAGGCUGCCACCGACUUUAUGGGCGACCACUUCGUGACCAUCGCCGGGACACCGCCACAUCAGCAGCAGCUCGGCCAAGCCAACGUGGCGGACGCACCAGGCCUCGAUCGCGCGCCAGAGGCCAUGAGGGCGGGGUGGUCGACUCGGGUGUGGGGAGACCGGGGACAGCGUGAUGUAUUCGCUCGUUGUUGCAAGCAAGGCCGAGGGCGUUAUCGAGCCAAUCGGCGAGUCUGGCCGCAAGCCACGUUAGAAGAGCACAAAAGAAAAGUCGCGCCCAGCGUUUUAGCGCCCGCUCGGCCUCAGGCUCCAAGGCGCCGCCAAGCCCGCGCUGGCCAGUGA